CCAGGAUUUAAAUCUGAUCUGGUCCAGACACUGGGGGAAUUCUUUUCUUUUGGCAAUUUUAUAAUGCUGUAGGAGAGGUGUGCACCACAAGGUUUCUUGUGUGGAUUCUGAAAAAAUGUGUCUGCCUUUGCAUUAAUCAAGGCUAUGACUUAAUUCAGCUCCAGUAGAAAUGUUGAUUUGCAGCAUCCUCUUCUGAGAAAACAAGAAUGCAUGAAGACUUGCCAGUUACACAAGAAGAGAUUGGAGGUUUCACUUCAAUGAAAUAUCAAGACAAAGAAACCAAUGAUGGAAAAGCCAAGAUGCAGAUUCAACUAAAGCCUGAACCUGAGAAGAAGGUAGCUGUUGUCUACUAUCUAUCCCGAAAUGGACAGCUUGAACAUCCUCAUUUUGUUGAUGUGUCUCUCUCUUCUUCUCAAGGACUCUAUCUUAGAGAUGUGAUGAAUACACUAAAAAUUCUCCGAGGUCAAGGCAUGGCAAGCAUGUACUCUUGGGCUUCAAAAAGGAGCUACAAGAAUGCGUUCCUAUGGCAAGAUUUGUCAGAUGAUGACAUUAUAUACCCUUGUCAUGGCCAAGACUACGUUCUGAAAGGGUCACUACUCUUGGAAACUUCUUUAAGCUUUCGAUCCAACGACUCAAUAUCAUCAUCAUCUAACUCCAGACGCUCCUCAGAGAUGAACAACUCCAGCAGUGAGGCUGAGGACUCGAAUUCUCCACUCAUUAGAAGCAAAAGUAAUUCAUGGAGUUCAAUUGAUGAACACACAGUUUACAAGGCCGAAACUGCUCGCAUAAAUGGUUAUAAUGUGUCAACACAGACAGAAGAUAAUCGAAGAGUGAAAAUGGAAAUCGAAGAAACUAAACCUGAAGGACUUGGCACUAUAAAGCUGAAGCAAAAGGAGUUUUCUGCACCAACUUCAAAGUCUAUAGAAGUUUAUAGAUCAGAUAGCAGUAAUAAUAGAUAUCAGAAGGCUGGAGGGUAUAAUCCUAGUGCUCGAACGAAUGAUUCGAAGGUUCUGAUGAAGCUGAUCAGAUGCGGAUGUGGGUCAAAAAGGUUCAAAGAUUUUGAGAUGAUGGAAAAUAGGUAUUGAAUAAUGGUAUAUCAGCAAUGUAGAACAAUGCAUCACCUAGCCAGUUAGCCUGCAAGUAAAGGCAAGUUUUUAAAUUCAUAAUACCUCUUAUCAGGACAUGGAAUUAUUUUCUGCUGCAAGACUGGAAGUGUUUCAGGAUGUUAAAGAACAUUUUGUUCUAAUUUGUUUUCUUUCUGUGAUAUGAAUCAUAAAAUGAAGACUGUCAAUUGUUAUUUUC